AUGAGUGGAUUACCGGAAUCAAAAUUAGGAACGAAGGCACACUGGGACUCUAUGUAUGAGUUGGAAGUAUCGAAUUUCAAAGAAUUUAAAGACGAAGGGGAAAUAUGGUUUGGUGAAGAGUCUGAAGAACGAAUUGUUCAGUGGAUGGAAGAUUAUGUUUCAAACGAUCAAAGAACGUCAGCAAACCAUGCUUACCGGGUUUUGGACCUGGGGACAGGAAAUGGUCAUUUAAUUCUUCGUAUUGCUGAAGAGGCUGACACUUUACUUCCUCAGCCUUACGAAUUGCUUGGUGUUGACUAUAGCGAGAAAGCGGUAGAGCUUGCGAAACAGUUGGCAGAAGCGCACGAUUUUCAAAAACAAGUUAAAUUUGAGCAGUACGAUAUUAUAAAGGACUUACGGCUCUGUGACAGAACAUGGGAUCUUAUUUUGGACAAAGGAACUUUUGAUGCCAUUUCUCUCAGCUCAGAUAAGUUGGAUGGAGUCCCUCUCAACCAGGUAUAUGUGGAUCGUAUCCAUGAGAUGCUGUCCCCUACAGGGGUAUUUUUAAUUACUAGCUGCAACUGGACCCUAGAAGAAUUAUCUGAACGUUUCCUCAAUAAGGGAUUUCGUAUCCAUUCUACUGUUCCGGUCCCUGUCUUUGAGUUCCAAGGAAGCAAAGGUAGCUCGACAACAGUUGUCGCUUUCGAGCUUGCCAAUUAA